AUUAUAGACUUUCAAAAUUAAUUUUUGAGUCGUCAUUUUACAAAUUCCGUACACUAAAAACGUACAACAAAAAUAUUUUUUUUUAGUUAAAGACCUACAAAAAACAGACACGCAAAUAAGUAUAAACCUUUAAUAAAAAAAAAAAACAAAAACAAAAAAAAUACCCUCCAUGAAAACUUCCGAGGUAACAGUCCGAACUUUUAUCAAAAUUUUAUUAUCAGAUUUAAAAAAUCUAUCACAAAAAAUUGAUGCAAAAUUCAGUAAAGUGUCUGCUUUAUCAACUACUGCGAUUAGUUCACCUCACACAACGGGUGAGCAAAAUGUGCGGAACUAUUAUAUAUUCCCAGCAGAGUCAGAACGAAUGUUUAACCAACAACAGGCCAAUGAAGAUGAAAGAGCAACUGUCCACGAAGCAGCAGGAGCGCAAUGAGAAGAAGAAGAAAAAGCUGGCGGCACUGGCCAACAUAAUCCAGAUGAAUGACAGGGAUCGCAUACAGCAGGCGGAGGAGCGUAAGUCGGAGCGGGAGGAGUCGGAAUCGAGGGAGGCGAAGGAGGAGGAGGAAGACGAUGGUUUUGUCACAGUGUGCAGCAAGAGGAAGCCGCGAAAUCGUCUGACCAUCAUGACAGACAGCAGCAGUGUGACCAGAGUAAAUGCCGAGGAAGCAGGCGAGACGGGAUCGGGUUCGGGAUCUGGUUCGGGAUCGGAUGAGCCCGAGAUCAAGAGAAGCCGCAAUCAUUCCGCUGGCGGUGACAACACAAUCGACAAUGUGAAUCUCACACUGUCGCAGGAACAAUACAAAUCCCUGUCCACAGAGCUGCGACGUCGCAAGCGGGAACUGGAGAGUGUGCCCGCCGUGAAUCUGCGCGAUAUGGGCAGACGUGCACAUCUGGAAAUCCCCCAGGACGAGCGUACUCCCAUCUUCCUCACCGAUAUCCAGCAUCUGUUGAUGUCCGCUCUCAUUGGAAAGAAGAGUCCCUGUGUCCCGGAUCGCUGGUGCAGUGCCGAGAAGCUGCAGAGUCUGUCGCACAGUGUAGUCCUCAUCCUGGAGGGAUUAUCCCUCUAUCACUAUCUCUCACACGAGAGUCUCUUCCAGGCCACGAAUCGCAUCUUCGAGACGAAACUGGAAAUGGUCAUGCCACCCCAGGAUGAGGGAAACAUCAUCGACACAAUUGCCCAGAUUCCGCUGACGAAUGUGCAGGCGCAGAAGUUGAUAAAUGAGCACGGAUCCUUAGAGUCGGCUGUGGAGCUGAACAAGGAUCCCACACUGUUCGUCAAGGCCAUAUUUCCGAUGGAGAAGCAAUCGAUGCCAUCGCAGGCAACUGGUCUGCAUGCGGAUGACAAGUUUCCGAGGACAAAGCUGCUGCUCUCGGCACUCCAGAUGGUGGAUGAGGGUUAUCCGAUACCGCUGCAAGGGGAACUGCAGGCGAGAUUCAAGUCCUAUGUAUUCACCAAGGAUUCCUAUGCGCCCGUAACUGAUCGCAGUCCCAUGUACGGUGUGGAUUGCGAGAUGUGUAGGACGGUGACGGGAGCCAAUGAAUUGACGCGUAUUUCCAUUGUGGAUGAGAAAUAUCAGACGGUAUACGAGACGCUGGUGCGUCCGGUGAAUCGCAUUACGGAUUAUCUAACCCAAUACUCGGGCAUAACGGCGGACAUCAUGCAGUCUGUCACCAAGACGCUGAGGGAUGUGCAACGUGAGGUCUCCGAGCUGUUGCCUCCGGAUGCGAUACUGGUGGGUCAAUCGCUCAAUUCCGAUCUGAAUGCGAUGCGAAUGAUGCAUCCGUAUGUGAUAGACACGAGUGUCUGCUUCAACAUAUCCGGUGUGCGCAAGCGCAAGAGUAAAUUGAAGUUUCUGGCCAAGACAUUUCUGCAGGAGAGCAUUCAGGAGAAUGAGGAUGGUCACGACUCCAUCGAGGACUCUCGGGCCACACUCAAGCUGGUCAAAAUGAAGCUGGCCAACAGCAUUGAGUUUGGCGAUGAGAUUCUAACACAACGCAAACGUGUCCACGACGUGAUACGUGCCACCUGUGGCGACGGACUCACCAACAAUCUCCUGGCCCAUGCCACCAAACGGGACAAACGCACGGCCAUUGUCACAGUCGGCGACUUGCAGCCACGCCUCAAGCAGGUCAUACAAAAGGCGGAGGAGGCAGCAGCCGCCUCCCAAGAUGCCCUCAAAACGGUGCAUGUCCACGAGAUGUCGAGUACCAAGGAGGCGGUGCGCAAGGUCAACGAAAUUGCCCUCGAGCAUGCCUUGACCAUUGCCAAUCUUCGUGUGCCCGAACAGGACUUCUUCGUGGAGAAGGCCGAACGCUCCGCAGCCAAGCUGGAUGGUUUCAUAGAACGCAUCUGGAAUACAGUGGCACACAAUGGACUCUUCCUCGUGCUCAUGGGCGGUUCGACAGAGUGUCAAAAGGGCGUGGCAAAGAUUGCCAUCAAAAGAUUAACAAAUGGCAAUGUGCCACAGAGUCCAAUACUAACUACCAUUAAAUCCACACACACAUAACUGUCACACACACACACACAGACACAGAGACACAUAUAUAUAUGUACAAGAUACAAAUUUGCACAUACGUACAUUAAGAAAGUCUAGAAAGUAGCAUAUACACAACAAACCAAUCAGAUAAAUAAUCCCAUAAUCAAUCACAAAAAAAAAAAAACAAAUCCCAUAAUGUUAAAUUCGCGUUUAGUUUUCGAUAUUUUCAGAGCCAUAACAAAAACACAAUAGACAAAAGGGCAAAAUGUUGCUGAAAUACUCCCUCGCUCCCUCCCCCUUCCCCUUCACCUCUCUCCUCCCUUUAAACUCCUCCCUUAUGUCAUGCAAUAAACCUUUUACAGUAAACCAUAUAAACAAUACAAUACACCAAUCUUGUGUAAAACUAGAAAAAAAA